AUGUAAAAUUAAUACUUUGUUAAAGGAUUAGGAUUUGCUUAGAGGUAGGAGCCUCAGGAAACACGAUCGUAUGGGCGAAUAAAAAAGUCUCCUUAUUCCACUUAUAAUAACAGAAGUUAUAAUUCAGUAUGUGGAAAUUUUUAAAUUUAGCAUUAUCGUGAUCUCAAGAUUUGCAACGAUCGCUUUAAGAGAUUAAUUCACAUAGUCAAUAAUGCAAUUAAAAAUUAAGCAGCUACGAUGUUUAAAUAUUUAAGGUGUAUUUAAUUUGUAAAGUUAGCAUUUAUGUUCAAAACAAAUAGCAGGAGGAAAUUAAGGCGUAGUAAAGAGUUAUUCAGGAAGGACUAUUAAGGUUUCAGCAUGCAAUCUCGCUAUUCAAUCAGCGAUUGAAGUGCCUGGCCUUUUUCCGUCUGGCAAAGGUGGAUGUAGUAUCACAUUUGAAAAAAGAGUUAAGAAAUUAAAUCUAGUAAGGCUAAUAGCCAAUCACCCAUUAAAUCUUUAGGAAGUGGAUGCAGUUAACAUUUGAAUCUAAAUUCAAUAAGCUGAUGAAAUAACAAAAAUCAAAUAUGAUAAGUUUUUAUAAAUUUACUCUAAAUAAAAUACUAACAAAGUAGGAGUCAUUAAAAGCGUGGAGUUUCAAUAGAUUAAAAACAGCACCUCGAAAAUAAAUUAUACAUAAAUUAAUCACUAAUCUAGGUUUAUAGUAAUUACGAUUGAGUUUAUUUGAUUCUGAGUAAGGCACUUACUAAUAUUUAAAGAAACCUUAAAACUUAGAAAAAAUAAUUGCAUUUUAAAAGUUAAAGCAUUAUUAACAUUUUAACUCUAAUCAGCAUUAUUUUAUAUUAAUCUUCACUAAUACCAUCAGUAACAUCAUUACAUUACAUAAGAUAGUAAAAUAAAUGCUUUGAGAACUUUGUUCAUAUAAUCCAUUAGGAUAAUAGAUCAAGAAGCUGAUCAUACAGUACCUAAAGAGUAAUUACAAUAAUUUGACAUUGAAUUAGCAAGAUAAUCUGUGCACUCUAAAUUGGAGCAUUAAAAAGUGCUUUAAAGAUAGUUGAAACAAAUAGAUAAAAAAUCUCACAGAGGCAUAUGUGAAAUCAUGAAAUAUCUAGUCAAUAAGCAACUCUAUCCUAUAUUUUAUUAAAUAAAAGGAUUGAAAUAGGCUUAAGACACAGAAGUAUAGGAUGGAACUGUGAAAAAUUUAGUAAAAUGUGAUUUUAUUAAAGAGUGUCAUAGCAGCCAGAUUGAGUCAAAAGAUAAAAGCAAAAAAUGCAAAAUCCUAGAAACUUGAGAUAACAUAUCGUAUAGAACAGAUCUUUAGAAGAAAUCAUCAUAAUGAAAGAGAAAUACUUAGGAAUAAACUUAGAUAAUGGCAAAUCAGUGUUACCUUUCCGACUGCUAUGUAUCAUGAUUUUGAAAUUAGAUUGAGAGUGUUAAGGAAUGAAAAGGUUAAUUAAAUAUAAUAGUAAAUAAUAGGAAGCCAUCAUGAGUGAUAUCGAAUAAUUAGAAAUUCUUAAUAAUGAGUUGCUUACGACUAUGAAUUAAGUCAAAAAAACAUUUUUAUCAGAAGAAUCUAAUUUCAAUACUUCUCAUAAAAAUGAAUAAAAAUAAAUUGAAAUACAACGUUUUGAUAUUCAAGAAAAUUUGACAUCACAGAAGGAAUUCAAGAUUGCUUUUGAAUAUGUAGAUUAUUUAAAAGAGGAUGUAAAUUCUAAUAUUUUAUGUAGAAUAUUAAUUUAAAGAAACAGGCUCAAAAGAAUGAAUAAUUGAUGCUCGAAGAAAUUUAAUAAUUGGAAUAGCAAUUAUAAGUAUUAAUUCAUCUUAUCAAUCUUCAGGAACUCCAAAAAGAGUUAGAUAGUUGA